AUGACGACAUACAUUGACUCAAACAAAGUCCAAUACUCGAUCCGCUGCAACACCGACAAUUCUUACGACUCGUUUAAUUCUACAUCUGUCAGCACAGGAGGAUUCGGAAAAUGCUUUCCAGCAUGCGACAACCUCGCGGCGUGCGCAGGUUUUACUUUCGUAGGAUCCGACUCGGGGACAUGCUAUUUCAAAUCCAACCUUCCAGAGGAUAGUUAUUCAAGCACCGCAGGAAGCAACUAUGUAACAGUCGCUUUGCUGAAUCGAGAUGAUCAAGUUCAUCCACCAGCCGAUGCCCUACCAACAAACUCUCCUGGCCCAUCGCAUGGCUCUAAGAGUACGCCUAUUGGUGCUAUCGUUGGAGGUGCCAUAGGUGGCUUGGUUCUUCUUGUUCUUCUCGCUCUGCUCGUGUUUCUUUGUUUACGCAGACGGCGCAAAAAGAGAGAGGAGAUCAAGUCCGCCACUCAGAGCUUCCCACCAGGUCCCAUGGAGCCUCAUCCGAAAAGUGACUCUCCUUUCGCAGCACUUGGUGGUAAGCUGGACCCGACUGUCUUCACGACCAACGCUAAUUCAGACACAGGAUUCUAUGGAGGGCUUACAACAGCACCGAAGCAAGCACCACUCGAUGAAUCUCAGCUCGCCAGAGAAGAUUCUGCAAACGAAUUCGCGGCAGCAAAGUUCGAUAGGCCCGCAGCUACAUCGGCUGCCUACAAGCCAACUGGUCCAGCAGAAGUGGAAGGCAGACCAAUAUAUCCCUCGGCGAAGGUCGGUCCUGCUCCAGUGGAAAUGGAUGCAAGUUCUCCUAUAAUGGCACCGAAAACACCAAUGUCACCACAAGUUGAUGAAUCACCCGUCCUAGGAAGAUAUGCUUCAAGCGCCUACGCUAACGGGCAGAGCAAUCUUGCAGAUGAAGUGCGCAGAAGACAGCAUAGUCGACACAUCAUGAGCUGGAACAAUUACGACGACAGAAGUGCGAUAUCGCCUCCUUCGUCCAUGACAAUGUCUCCAAGGAUCGGUUCUCCAGAUGUAAGUCCUUUGGUGAACAGCUCGAGAGAUUCGACUGCCAGUAAAUCGCCACCUGAAAGAUACCGAGAACAUUUCAUAUAA